CUCCCCAAAUGGGCUAUGAAUCCGGUUUACACAAACCAUCUAGUAGCCCACAUAUCAAAUGAAAACCGAACCCGGUUUGAUAUUUUCUUUCCCCUUCAUUAUCUCACUUCUCCCUCAAACUUUUGUGGAUAACCCUCAGUCGGGCAACCAUCAGAAAAGCUUCUCAGAGCCAAAACAUUAGUACACCGGUUAUAGUUGCAGAUUAACUGUAGAAUUUUUCAAAAACCCCACUCAGAAAUGGCAAUUUCAUCAUCUCUAGUCGCAACCUUGUUUCCAUUAUGCAAUUCUUCCUCAAUGUCUUCUACACCUAAGCUUUCCGCUUCACUUUUCAUUCCAAAUGGUUCAUCGACCUCCAGGAUUCAGUUCCAGUCACCUCGUUUAUCUACAACCAGAGUCUUUGCAGCUCCUGAAGCUUUGGAACAAACCCUUCAGACGGAGGAUCCUGAAUCUUCGACGGUGAUUGUGGGGUCUGAUUCCGAAAAGCUUGCACCAAAACAGAAAAUAAGGAUUAAACUGAGGUCUUAUUGGGUACCUUUAAUCGAGGAUUCAUGCAAGCAAAUCAUGGAUGCUGCUAGAACAACAAACGCAAAGACCAUGGGCCCUGUUCCAUUGCCAACCAAGAAGAGAAUAUACUGUGUGCUUAAAUCUCCUCAUGUUCACAAAGAUGCAAGAUUUCAUUUUGAGAUCAGAACCCAUCAACGGUUGAUUGACAUUCUACACCCAACUGCACAAACCAUUGACUCUUUGAUGCAGCUUGAUCUUCCAGCUGGUGUUGAUGUUGAGGUUAAGCUUUAGAAACAUAUUUAGAGUUCCUUUUUGCUGCUAAGUGCUUCUAAUUGACACUUUUUGUAUCGUAAAUUUGUUACUUGUAUCAAAGGGAUGAUGUUUGGUAAAAUAUUUUGUUGGUUUGACUGAAUUAUUGUAAAAUUCCCAAGUCACAAUUAUAUUUUACCAUGUGUUGUCAUGUUUAAGUUUUUCGUGUUUGUCUGUAUCUCUGCAUUAUAUUUUAGUCAUUAGCUCUAAAGGAACUACUAAAAUCAAAUCAUUGAUAAAACUACUUGUGAUAAUACUACCUAGUACCUAUGAUAGAUCGAGCUAC